AUGAGUUUCCAACCUCCCCCUCCACCCAACAAUGGAGGUUUCCGACCGCCGCCACCACCAGGCGGGGGUGGUUUCGCUCCUCCACCGCCAGCACAAAGACCUGGAGCAGGAUUCGCCCCACCUGGAAGACCUGGAGCUGGAUUUGCUCCUCCUCCUCCAGCUGGCGGCGCUGGCAUGGGACAACUUAAUAAGGAUAUGGGGAAAAUGUCAUUUGCACCGCCUCCGCCAGGUGCUGGUGGUCCGGCUGCUGGUGGCCCUCCUCCACCUGCCGUUCCAGGACAAUUUGCUCCACCAGGUGUUCAGCCUCCACCACCUGGACCUUUUGGCAAUCAAUCUAGAGGUCUACCAGGACCACCUCAAGCACCUGUUGCCCCAGGAAUGUUUCAACAACCGCAAGCUCCUGGUAUGUUCAAUCCUGGAGUUUCAAAACCAGGUCCACCGCCACCGGGACCUAGAGCUCCAGCAGCACCAGGAGCAGGUAUGCAACAACAGCAACCUCAGGGUAUGCCAGGAGCAGCUCCUAUGGCUGUCAACCCAGCCGGAACUCAGCAAUUCAUGGACACGAUUGACUAUUCGAUUACGAUUCCAGAGCGUUUGUUCCGUUUCACAGCCAGCAAGAUCCCACAAACACCUGCUCAGGCCACUUCCUCAAAAAUUCCUCUUGGAGGUAUUCUAAGGCCACUUGCGCCCUGUGGUGAUGAUGACGAAGAAAUAGAUACGGUGCAACCUGGAAGUGCUGGUAUCAUUCGCUGUAAGAGAUGUCGAACCUACAUUAACGCCUUUGUCAGUUGGCUGGAACACGGUCGCCGGUGGCGUUGCAAUAUUUGUGCCCAACAGAAUGACACUCCAGCGGCGUACUUUUGCCAUUUGGACGAGGCUGGCUUGCGUCGGGAUCGAUUUGAACGUCCAGAAUUGUCCAAGGGUGUGGUAGAAUUCCUGGCUCCCGCCGAGUACAUGGUUCGUCCUCCACAAGAACCAUCCUACUUUUUUGUGAUUGACGUGAGUGCCACUGCCGUUCGCAGCGGAAUGCUGCAUGCAGCCUCCAAUGCCAUUAAAAAGAGUUUAGACGAUCUUCCUGGAAGGGGUCGUACCAAGAUUGGGUUCAUUACAUUCGACAAUGCCGUACAUUACUACAAUUUGGGUUCGGAUCUAUCGCAGCCUCAAAUGUUGGUGGUUUCAGAUCUCAAAGAACUCUUUGUUCCCUUGCCAGACAAUCUACUCGUUAACUUGGAAGAAUCUCGGGAUGUCGUGGAAACUUUUUUGGAUAAUCUUCCAGACAUGUUUGCCAAGAAUCCAGUGGUAUCGCAGUCUUGUUUGGGACCAGCAUUGAAGGCUGCCUUUACUGUCAUGAAGCAAGUUGGAGGAAAGAUGUGCGUCUUCCAAACUGUAAUGCCCAACAUGGGAGAUGGUGCGCUGAAGCCAAGAGAAAAUCAAGCAAUCAUGGGAACUCCCCAAGAAGUCAAGGUGCUGCGACCGGAAACACCAUGGUACAAGGACACUGCGAUUGAGUUUAGUCGGCAACAAAUCAGUGUGGACAUGUUCUUGUUCCCAUACCAGUACAUGGACUUGUCAGCAAUGGGAGAACUAGCAAAGAUGACUGCUGGAAACAUGUAUUCUUACGUCAUGUUCAACUUUGACAAGGACUCUCAACGGUUCGAGGAGCAACUCAACAAAUCGCUUACUGAAGAAACUGCCUUUGAGGCUGUCAUGAGAAUUCGCUGCACCAAGGGAAUGAGAAUAACGAAUUUUUAUGGAAACUUUUACAUUCGGGGAACGGAUUUGAUGGCACUUCCAAAUGUUAAUUCGGAUUCUGUCUUUGGUUUCGAUUUGAUGCACGAUGAGCAAAAUGUUGCCAGCAACUAUGUCACCGUUCAAGCAGCGCUGUUGUACACGAGCGGUGAGGGUCAACGUCGCAUUCGAGUCAUGACGCAAGCAUUGCCAAUUACUAGUCGCACAUCAGAAGUUGUCGAUUCUGUGGAUACACAAGCGAUUUGCAACUUGCUGUGUAAACAAGCUGUUGAUGUCAGUAUGAAGACCAAUAUUGAUCAGGCUCGAAUGCGCCUGCAGCAAACAUGUGUGGAUAUGAUGCGCGGGGCAAAGGGAGGCGACAAGCGAACGGUUUCUGGAUAUACUGUUCCACAAGGUCCCCAAGAUGCCAGUGAGGAGAAACCAAUUCCCGAAACUCUUGAACUCAUUCCUUUGUACACUUUGGCAAUGAUGAAGAAUGUGGCGUUCCGAGGUGGAACCGAUAUCCAUCCAGACGAGCGUAUUCAAGCAUUCCACCAAAUUUUCUCCAUGUGGACCAGCGUGUCCAAGUACUUUAUCUAUCCACGACUAUUUUCUCUUCAUGACAUGUCUGCCGAUUGUGGACACCCUUGCGACGAUGAUGAUGUCCCAGACGAGUCCGUGGCGGGACGAAAUAACAUUCUGUUGCCAGACACACUUCCAUUGUCCGUGGACAACCUAUCCAGCGAUGGUAUUUUCUUGUUGGAUAAUGGUAUUGAAAUGUACCUUUGGGUUGGAAGAUCAGCAGAUCAAAACUUGGUCAACUCUCUCUUUGGAUCACCCACGUUGGACAACGUUGACCCAGCAACGGUUAAAAUUGAUAUGGACGGAGAUGAUUAUUCUACCAGAGUGGGGGAUAUCAUUCAUUCGUUGCGCGAUGAUUUGGCGGAUCCUUUCUACGUGAGCUCAAGGAUUCAAAUUGUGCGGGAAGGGGAUGGUCACAUGGAAGCACGUUUCUUCUGGUUCAUGGUUGAAGAUCCUGCUUCAUUCCAAGGCGGAACCUUCAGCUAUGGAGACUUUAUGCACUUUGUGCAACAGGGCGGCAACACUGUCCCUCCCGGAGGUCCACGCGGUAUGCCGCAAGGAGGUAUGGCUCCUGGUCCGCCAGGACCUGGAGGAAUGGCCCCACCAGCUCCACAGCAAUACGGUGGACCACCAGGACCUGGAAUGGCUCCAGCGCCACAACAAUACGGCGGACCACCGGGACCUGGAGGUAUGGCUCAACCAGCGCCUCAACAAUACGGGGGCCCGCCAGGACCUGGAAUGGCCCCACCAGCUCCACAGCAAUACGGGGGCCCACCAGGAGCUCCGGGACCUGGAAUGGCUCCACCAACGCCUCAACAAUACGGUGCACCUCAAGCUCAACCCCAGCAGUAUGGUGGCCCACCUGGCCAGCCCCCAGCUUAUGGAGGACCGCCAUCCAACAAUGCUAUGGCUCCACCACCUGGUGGUCAACAAUAUGGUGGACCACCACCACCUGGCUCAUCGGGCCGUCCGAUGGGUACUAUGAUGGGCGCACCACCACCGAGACAGAUGGGUGGCUCGGCACCAGCAUCUGCACCUCCGAUGGCAUCUCGACCUCCCCCUGCCAGAGGUGCUCCUCCUCCACCUGGACGCACAACAGCCCGACCGGCUGGACCCCCACGAGGUGGUCCUCCACCGCCGCCACGUGGACGAGCUCCUCCUCCGCCCCCACCGCCGCCAGGCAGGCGUUAA